GGGUAGUCACGCCGAAAAAUUGUUCGACACAACUUCGGGCCUUCCCGAAACUUCUCCUCCCGUAGAAAGUAUCAUAGAUAUAAUGAUCGACGACGACGACGAUACUACUGAGCUGAUCACUCACCCCCUAUCGACGAUUAUAACAGAACAAGAAUCAUUACUCAGUUUAACGAAUGUCGAACUGUAUCGGAUGGGAGAGAAACCAACGAAGAAAGCUGGUGUUGGAGAAUGA